GGCGGGGCUGGUUGCCGUGGCAACGCAGGGCUGUUUACGAGCGGGCCGGGGCUGGCGCGCAGCCCCGGUUCGGUCGAUGAAGGUGGAGGGCUGUCCUGCUCGCUGGCACGGACGGGCUGCACGCUUGCGUGGAGGUGCCGGAGCAUGAAGGUGUCUUGAGAAGAAAUGGCCACAGCAGCACGUCUGAAUAUAGCACCACCUGAAUGCAACACCUCUUCAAGCACUGCAGGAACUUUCGUUUGGCAGUCAAACACCAUCAAUAUGCACGUCACCAGACCGAAAUCUGCCAAGGGACGUACCAGAUCAAGCUUGAACUACUCCCAUAGUGUGGAGGCCUGUUCUUACAGAGUGCCAUCCUCCCCUCAGCCAGCAACUCCCUAUGAAGCAGCAAGCAGUCAGAGAGCAUCCUCUACAAAGCCAUCCUACCAACCAGGCCAGGUGUCAUCUGAUGAAAUCCCAGAGCUCCUCCAGCAGGUGCCUCUGAGGACCUCCUCUUCCCUAAAUAAGUACAGAGUGCUUCCUUCCAUCAGCAGGAAGGGUCUGGGGAAGAGUACUGUGGAAACAGUGACUGAGCAGACCAACAAACUGAAAAUGAGCAACAGACAGGAAGAGAAGCAAGAAACCAAAGCUUGUACUGGAGAAGCAGUAUUCACCAGCACAGUGGAGAAUGUAGGGGUUAGCUCAUGUGCUCAGUCCCUCACAUUUGAGAAGCCCCUAAGAAAAACCAGAGAAGAAAGUACUUCAUCGCUGGUUUUAAACUUGGAGGAGCCAUCCAAGAAAGAGCCUAGACUGCUGCUUGCUGUUAGGUCUCCUUCUGGUCAGAGAUUUGAACAUCAUUUCAAGCCUACAGAUAGCCUUCAAACAGUCCUUGCUGUGGCAGAAAAAAAGAAUACCACCAAGUACAAACACUGCAGUGUUGAAACUAUGGAAGUGCCUAGGAGGAGCUUUUCUGACCUUACAAAGUCCCUGCAAGAGUGUGGAAUCCUACACAAGUCAGUGUUGUGUAUCCUACAGCAAGAGCAAGAUGGAGAUCUCUGAGUGUACACCCCCUGUCACCCCAAGCAAGUGACUCCUUGGGUGCCAUGUAUUUCCUUUUGAUGAGUGGUGUGAAGAACUGAACCAGCCUGAUGCGUCUUACUGGUCUAGUUCUUACUCCUGUCUUCCAAGCAGUUGCUUUGCAGUAGACUAGUGUGUAAAAGGAGUGUGCUGAAAUACACUUUAAAAUAAUUAAGUAGUAUGUACAUGCCUCCUUAAGAGGCUGUGUUUUCCAUGUGUACAGUCUCAUUUUUUGAGAGCUAGUCAUCAGUUCUUGGGCUUUUUAAUAUUUCUAACUGUUGUUUUAAAACAGUUUCAAUUCUUCUAGGAAGAUCUAAAACUUCUAAUGCACUCUUCCUCGGGUGGGAGGCCUGUCUUAUCAUCUUUACUUCGCUCAAAGAAGGUACCACUUCCCAAAAUGGAUUCUGAUCCCAAUUAAUACAUGUGGUUGGGAAGAUAAAAGCAGCACUCCUUUUGUUCCUUACUAUUCCAUUAUCUUCAUCAUAAAGAAAUACCUUAUUGGCUUCAAGAGCAGCUACAACCCAGGUAGUGACUCAGAACACUGUGUGAAAGCAAUAAUACAUAAAAAGUAUGCGAGAAGAAUUAAGUUUUGGGCUGGGUUAAAGUGCAAGGUCAGGGAUAAAUACAGUCAAGGUUGCAGCUAUUCCUGGACAACUUCAGUGCCUCUCACAAGAGCGUGACUGGCUUUGUCCUCUUAAAAAAA